AUGUUUCGGCUCCGCAGCAGCGUCAACCUGCGCCACCUUGGCGGCGGCCUCGGCCUCAUGGCCGCCUACUCGAGCAACUCGGCCUCGCUCCUCAAGAGCGCCAAGCCGGCCGUGACCUUCUACCAGUACGAGCCCUGCCCGUACUGCUGCAAGACCAAGGCCGUCAUGGACUACCUUCAAGUGCCGUACAAGGUCGUCGAGGUCAACCCCGUCACGAAGAAGGAGCUCAAGGAGAUCACCGACUAUGGCAAGGUGCCCGUCGCGGUCAUCGACGGCGUCGUCGUGCCCAACUCGUCCGACAUCAUUGCGCACCUGCAGGCCCACGCUGGCUUGCCGCCCGUCGAGAAGGAGUGGUCCGAGUGGGUCGACAUGAAGCUCAUUACGCUCAUGCCACCCAACAUUUACCGCACCGUGCCCGAGGCGCUCGAAGCGUUCGAGUACUGCUUGACCGAAGGCAACUUCACCGCGUGGGAGCGCCGUCUCUCCAAGUACUCUGGCGCGGCCGCCAUGUACCUCAUCUCCAAGCGCCUCAAGAAGAAGUAUGGCAUUGAAGACGAACGCCAAGCGUUGUACGAUGUGACGGCCGUGUGGCUCGAGGCGAUCGGCGACAAGCCGUUCUUGGGCGGCGACGAGCCCAACCUCACGGACGUCUCUGUGUUUGGUGUCUUUCGCUCGAUCGUCGGCCUCGAGACGUUCAAGGACCUCAUGACGCACACGCAGCUCCAGCCCUGGUUUGAGCGCAUGACGGCCAAGGUCGGUCCGCGCCAGUGCCUCCAAGACUAG